UUAAAUCCACAAUAGUUGUUUUUCACAAGUUUUCCGGUUUUACACAUUUUCCCUUAUUUGUCUGUCAAACACUUUUCCAGUUCGACUCAGUAAAACACUAGAAGCACUUAAUCGCGCUGGGGAGAUGUUUGACAUAGAACAGUACUUCCCUGCGAUGUGCAUAAUAUUAUAAAAGUUUUUGUACUUAAAAGCUAUAAAUGAUUCAUUAGUAAUGAAUUUUAUUGUUGAUCACGUUAAUUAUGUGCCUCAGUGCUUGACAGCCUGUAAUAUUUGGCUGAUUGCUGUUUGCAUUUUAUAACCUAAAAAAACCUAACCUAGGUCCUAACCUAACCUUUUUUGCAACCUAUAAACUUUAUCCAGUUUGCCUGGGUCUCCUCCCCACAAUGGCAGCGGUUACGUGCCGCUUCGAUCUCACAUCUACUGCCACAACUUCCACUGCCAGGGCGCGACGCGCGUCACGCGCCGGCCACUGCGAUUUCUGUUUCUUCUUUCAUUUUUUUGUCCGUGUACGUGAUAACAUCGUAACAAAGAACUGUCGUAAUAUUCCGCGCUACCAGUACCACUUUCAGUUUUGUAGUGUUACAAACAGUCAGACGACUGACCAAUCUUUUAAAGGUUUUCCGAAAACCGUUUUCGAGGUCCCGACUUCAUCUUUGUUUAGUUAGCCAGCUCAUAAAAAAUUCCUUUGCCAUUUGAUUGACUGGUUGUCUAGGUUAAAAAAUGAAUCGCUCCGGUGCUUCGUUUAAUUUUGGAGGAGGAAGUGGCAUACCUUGGAACGACUCUUCACGUGCAGCCGGGACAGGUGCAAGUUAUCCGCCGGGAGGCAGUCAUAGUGUUGGCGGGGGGUUCUUGUCCGGAGAUACAGCCACUUCCGCCACCCAAAUGGACGGUGCUGUCAAGGGCGUUGGUAAAAGCAUGGAAGUGGUCCCGGUUACCAUUGCGGAAGUCGUGACCUCUCCCGAUCUCAAACACGAUCGGAUGAAAAUCGGCAACAUGGAAGUGCAUCGCGUGACACUGGUCGCACAGGUGCGCGAGUGCCGACAGACAAGCACUUACACUUCGCUGACCCUGGACGACAAAACCGGCGCCACCCUUGAAGCCAAAAUUUGGGGUGAAUCGCAGGAGGAAGUGGAAGCGGCAGCAGUCGCGACGGGACAGUACGUCCGUGUGUACGGCACUGUCAAGUCUGUCAACGACAACGUUAUGCUGACGGCCUACAGUGUGCAGCGUGUGAAAGAUCUUAACGAGGUCUCCUUCCACAUGCUCGAUGUAAUUCAUUCCCACGUGAUGAUUGCAAAAUGCGCUCAGGCUGGACCUGCUGCAGGGACUCAGGAGUUUCCCGCUGCCAGCAGUAGCUUCGUUGCCAGCACGCCAAGCAGAGUGGACUUAAUGGAUUAUCAGGCAAGCGGGAUGGACGGUGGCUUUUCCGUUGGGCAGCAUUUUGCUCCUCUGGGACUGACGCCUAUGCAAAGCGCGGUGUUCGCAUACUGCCAGACUGGCUCUGAAACUAAUGGACGAGAUAUUCGGCUAAUGAUCAGUGAACUCCCUCCGCAGUUCCGGAACAAACAGCUGAUUGAGGAUGCUCUGCAGUAUCUGUCGCAAGAAGGACAAAUUUACAAUACAGUUGAUGAUUUUCACUACAAAAGCGUGGAAUACUAGCAGUUAUGACCGGCGUCAGUGCAAGAUAAGCUUCUGUAGACCGCGAGAUGCUGUUGGUUCCUUUGGAAUAACGAUUCUUCUUUUGCUGACUUGGAAUGGGUUUUUACGUCUCCUGGCACAUUUCCUUGUAUAUUUCCUUGCGUAUUUCUUUGCACAAGAAGUUCCUUUUGUUGAUUAUACGAGAGGUUUCUUUUGUUAUAGAUUUCACUGAAACUGGGCAGUGUGUUCGAAAUUGUUUUUGUUCUGGUUAGAUCUGAUUACCGAAGAUGGAUUUUGGAUCUGUUAAGAUUUUAAGUUACUCUCUACGUACUAGUUGCUUCCGCGUCCAUUCUUCAGUCUUUUGUUGGCAUUGAUUUUGUUGCAUACUCGUGUUUGUUGGUCAUCUAGUGCGGCUGCCCGUGAGAAAAUACUACUGUAAUAGUCCGUAAU